CUUGCAUUUUUUUUAUAUAUAUAAAUGUAGUCUUCAUUUUAGCAGUCAUAUUUAGAAAAGUGAAAAAAUGAAAAUUUUCAUUGAUCAAUAUUUUUCAUUCAUAGUAAUAGUCAUAGUGAUAAAUAUUGUAUCUGGUGAUGGAGUUCGAGUAUGGGUGGAGCAGGGAUGGUUGGAAGGUGAACUAUUGGACCUAGUUACUGGAGACGGAACAUUUAAUAGCUUUAAAGGCAUUCCAUAUGCUCAACCUCCUAUUGGAACUCUCAGAUUUAAGCCAACACCGAUUUUGAAACUUUCGGAUAGAAUUUAUAAACAUUUUUUUGGAAAGAAGAGGAUUGAUUUAAACUCUACAAAGGAAUUCAUAAAUUACGCUACUUACAGUACAAUUACGUAUGACGCCAUCAACUUUUUUUUGAGAUUGCCUAUUGUUGAAAACACUGUAAGAUUUAUGUAUAAGUUUUCUAUGGUAUCAAGUAGAAACGUAUAUGGUGAAAAAGGAAUACCAUAUGGGAUCAAUGGCGCUGCCCAUUUGGAUGAUUUGGCAUAUUUAUUUGAUCCAAAAACUUUCAACUUGACUUUAGAUGCUGUAGAAUUCAGUCUUAUAGACCAAGUUACUACAAUCUUUGCUGACUUUGCAAAAACAGGAAAUCCAAUGAAUAGUUCAGCUUUCAACGUCACAUGGCCGUUGUUUAACAAUAAUACCAAGCAAUAUAUGAACUUAGGAAACAAUGGAUCACAAGUCAUAACUACUGUCUCAAGUGUUGAUGAAGAUGAUGAAUUAAACUUUUGGGAAGAGUUCUAUGCUUCCAUUGGAUACUAUCCGUAAUUGCUAUUAUUGUCCAAAAUAAAAGAAUUAAACGAUAA